UGACGCCGCUGUCUCUCGCAGGACCUGAAGAUCAAGAACAUGGGCUCGUGGGCGUCGCUGGUGCAGAAGCACCCGGCGGCGCCGGCGGCCGCGGCCAAGUCCUCGAGCGACUCCUUCGAGCAGUUCAAGCGGGCGGCGCGCGAGAAGGAGGAGCGCGAGAAGGCCCUCAAGGCCCAGGCCGAGCAGGUGGAGCGCGAGAAGGAGCGGCUCAGGAGGGAGCAGGAGAGGAUGAGGUCCCGGGAGGAUGAUGAAGCCCUGGAGCAGGCGCGCCGGGUGCACGAGGAGGUUCAGGCAGGGGGGGGUUCCUGGUCAGUGAUGGUCAGUGAUGAUGGUCAGUGGUCAGUGACGAUGGUCAGUGGUCAGUGGUCACUGUGGUCACUCUGAAGGUCCCGGGAGGAUGAUGAAGCCCUGGAGCAGGCGCGCCGGGUGCACGAGGAGGUUCGGCGGCGCCAGGAGCAGCAGCCGCCG